AGGAAAUGGAGAGGAACAGGGCCUUAUCGAUGCAGUAGCAGACAACAUAUUUUUGGACAUAUAACGUUGUUAUGUUGAUUGACGUUUAUAUGGUGGACUAAUGUAGAUUGUCGGAAACCAAUGGAGUCCCAUGAGGAAAAGCCUAUAAUCUACACCAUGGAAAACAAGCCAAUUGUGACGUGUGCUGGGGACCAGGCCUUGUUUGCGGCCUUGUACAGUGCACUGGCACAGCAGCUCCCGCGCGAGCCCAUGGAAUGGAGGAGGUCCUAUGGAAGAGCACCAAAGAUGAUCCACUUGGAGGCUAACUUUGUCCAGUUUAAGGAAGACCUACUCCCAAAAGAGGGGAACAAAGCUCUUCUGACCUUUCCCUUCCUUCACAUAUACUGGACGGACUGCUGCGAUACGGAGGUGUACAAGGCGUCGGUAAAAGAGGACAUGCUGCGCUGGCAGACCACUCUGAAGCACCAUGGCUCCCAGGACUGGCUCAUCGUGGUGGUGGAGAGCGAUGCCAAGAAGAAGAACAAGACCAACCUCCUGCCCCGUACCUCCAUUAUGGACAAGAUCCGUAACGACUUCUGCAACAAGCAGAGCGACCGGUGUGUGUCCCUGGCCGACCCUCUGAAGGAGUCCUCGCGCUCGCAGGAGUCGUGGAGCGCCUUCCUGACCAAACUGCGCACGCUCCUCCUCAUGUCCUUCACCAAGAACCUUGGACGCUUCGAGGACGACAUGCGCACCAUGCGCGAGAAACGCACCGAGCCUGGCUGGAGCUUCUGUGACUACUUCAUGGUGCAGGAGGAGCUGGCGUUUGUGUUUGAGAUGCUACAGCAGUAUGAAGACGCGCUUGUUCAGUACGAUGAGCUGGAUGCACUCUUCACACAGUAUGUGCUCAACUUCGGCGCAGGAGACGGCGCCAACUGGCUGGGCUCCUUCUGCCAGCCUGUGCGCAGCUGGAACGGCCUGGUGCUUCGGCGGCCCAUCGACAUGGAGAAGCGCGAGCUGAUCCAGCGCAGCGAGGCCAGCCUGCUGGACCUGCGCAGCUACCUGUUCUCGCGGCAGUGCACGCUGCUCAUCUUCCUGCAGCGGCCCUGGGAAGUGACGCAGCGCGCCCUCGAGCUCCUGCACAACUGCGUCCAGGAGCUGCGUCUGCUGGAGGUGUCUGUACUUCAGGGGGCGCUAGACUGCUGGGUGUUCCUCAGCUGUCUGGAGGUCCUGCACCGCAUCGAGGGAUGCUGCGACCGCACCCAACUGGAGGCCAACUGCUCCCACACUGUGGGCCUUUGGACCUACGCCACAGAGAAGUUGAAGUGUCUGGGAGAACUGUGCGGUUUGGUCUCGAAGAAUGGCCCCAACUCAGAGGACCUGAACCGGACAGUGGACCUGCUGGCUGGACUGGGUGCUGAGAGACCAGAGACGGUUAACAGCCUGCAGAGCCCCUACAAGAAGCUGAAGGAGGCCCUGUCGUCUGUGGAGACAUUUGAGAAGCAUUACCUGGAGCUGUCUCAUGCUGCUAUGGAGAUGUACACGGCGAUUGGCCGCAUGCGGUCGGCGCGCCUUGUGGGCAAGAGUCUGGCGGAGUACUACAUGAGGAAGGGGGACCCACAGAGUGCGGACGGCUUUCUGCAGGACUCUCUGAAGUCGUACGUGGCUGAGGGCUGGUCCCUGCAGGUCACGCACACCCGCCGCCAGGUGGCCGAGUGCCAGAAGCUGCUGGGACAGACCGAGGAAUAUCUCCAGACGAGUGCCCUGCUGGCGAGUGACGCCAACCUAACGGAUGAGGAGCGUAAGCACUUCUGCCAGGAGAUCCUGAACUAUGCCAACCAGAGCAGCCAGAGCCAGGAUCAGAAGGUGGCCCUGAGCAUGGCGGCGUUUGCACAGCUGCGCGAGCUGCGCUUCCAGCCAGCCUGUCCCAGCGUGCACGUUGGCGCCGCCCUGCAGCUGGAGCUGCGCAUGUGCAGCCUGAUGCCGGUGGCUGUGCGGCUGGAGCAGCUGGCCGUCAGUGUCCACUUCAGCUUGGAGCAACCCGGGCAGAGGGGGCCCGCGGCCCUCUCCACGCCCCAGCGUCGCAACCCGGGCACGGGGACGGGCACGAGUGGCAUGGUGUCCAGCGGGGUGAGCCCGGAUGGGACAGUGGUGUUCUCGGCGGUCAGUCCCGCCGGAGGGGGGCUGUCAGGGGCCGGGCCAGGGGGGCUCGGAGGGGGGGGCUCGGCGGCCGCCUCCGCACUGGAGCUGUACGAGAUCCACGACCGGAGCCCGUCGGACAACACGCUCAACACCACCGGCGUGGUGUGCAAGAAUGUGCACCUGAUGCUGCGGCGACACGACAGUGCCACCUCCCUGGACACGCCCAGCGCUGGUGGCAUCUCCGUGGCUUUGACGGGUACCGCAGCUGUUGCCAUCGAAGACAGCACCCAGAUGCUGAAGACUCACGAUGUGACGCUGUUGCCUGGCAACAACAGCAUCCCUUUUACUGCUCCAAGUCAGAAGCCGGGUGCAUAUACGCUGAGGCAGUUGUGUGCGACAGUGGGGCGGGUGCAGUUUGUGCUGCCGCACAUCUACCCCACAGUGCAGUAUGAGGUCUACUCCCAGGAGCCCCAGCUCACCAUUGAGCCCCUCACAGACAACCUGUUGGCAGGGCUUCCUCAGAAGGUCAAGUUCACCAUAGUAACAGGACACUACACGGUGAAAAAGGGUGAUGCCCUGCAGCUUAGCAACACAGACUCCAUGCCCAUACUGCACACAAACUCCUGCACGGCAAGAAUUGUGUCCAGUACAGGAGAGCUGGUUGGAGAGAGCGCUUUGUCCAUCCACUCUAGCGAGAAAGUGACCAGCAUCUCCCUGCCGCCCACCCCUCCCUACCACACGCUGGACUUCCAGCUGGACGUGCUGUGCCACAUCCCAGCGUCACCAGCGCGCCUGGAGACCGAGCGCCUUACCAACGGCGAGGUCCGCCACCGGACCAAGAGCCGCACCCGCUACAACAGUGGCAUGGCCGCUGUGGACCAGAAGGUGUCCAUAGACUGUCCCUGGUCCAUCUACUCAACUCUUAUCUCACUGACCUUCUACAUCCCCUUCAAGGCCAAGCACUCCCUGCUCUCGGCAGGGAAGAGGAAGUACAUCCAGGUGUGCCUGCAGAAUGUGUCGGACACAAACUUCCGGCUGACUGACCCCAGCCUAACGCAGCGGCAACAGAACUCAUCACUGGAGCUGCACUCCCUCAAUGCUAAAGCUGAGCAGCUGGUGCACAGUAAGCAGUGUGUGUUCUGCCUGUGGGAGGCCAAAUGGGCCGUGGAGCCGCCCGCCUGUCUCCAGUUCAGCUUCGCCGCCAGCUUCUCCCCCACCGAGCCGGCCGACGCCGAGUUCAAGCCCUACUGCUACGACUUCCAGCUGGAGAGGGUGUCCACUCUGUACUGUCUGAGGGCUGAGAUCCGGCCCGCGGAUGGGGAAGAGCAGUGUCGCACCGGCACCCUCUGUGGGCUGGAGGUCUCAAUCACACGCCUGACUGAACCCAGCGACUCGGAGCGGGAGGACGAGGAGUCCACUGAGAGCGAAGGACUGCGGACCACCAAUCUCAUGUAUGAGGUUGUGGACAACAGUAGCAACUGGGCAGUUUGCGGUAAGAGCUCGGGCGUGGUGUCGAUGCCCGUGGCAGCCAGUGCCACCCACCGGGUGCAGAUGGAGGUGAUGCCCCUGUUCGCCGGCCACCUGCCCUUCCCCAGCAUCAAGCUCCUCAAGUACCUGCCACACAGUGCCACCCCUGCCAUCCAGCCUGACACAGACAGCUGCCUGGAGAACGACAACCUCUCCCUGCUGGACAAGGGCCUGGAGGACCAGGCCGACACGGCCAGCCUGCGCAGCCGCGGGAGCAUCCACUCCCUGGGCAGCACCGACCAGCCGCUGCCCCCAACCCCCCGGGGCCUCCCCAUGCCCCGCUUGGAGCCCUUCAGUCCCGGCCAGGUCUUCAACGGCAGCCAGGGCCGACAGGUUCUGGUGCUCCCGGCCACUGACGAUCACAUCCUGGAGGUCAACGCCACAUGACCCCUGUGUGGUCGGUGACCUCGGGGCCCGUCCCUGCUUCGUGCGCCCCUCUCCCCUGAUCUGAAGCUCCACAAUGAGACCCCCCCUCCCCCACCACCACCCACCACCCUCUUCAAGGCGUGGGCAAACCUAGGAGGACCAUGCGUACUGUGCUCCUCCACGUUUUGUGUUGUGGAGAGGUACUGAUAAGGGGAGAGGGGUGUUCAGGAGCUGACGCCACCCCAUCUCACUUCCCCCCCCCCCCCCCUUCGUCUCCAUUUUCUCUUGACUGCCAGACAGGAAGGAAAAAAAAAAAAUCUAAACGGAAACACAAACUUUUGGGUCUGAGCCUGAGAAUUCAUUCACUGUCUCAAGGUCAUUCUGCUCUUUUCUCCUAAAAGCACUUCAGUUUAAGUUUACCCCACUCCCUUCCCUGACUUAUUCUCUCUCUCUCUCUCUCUCUCUCUCUCUCUCUCUCUUUCUCUUUCUCUCUCUCUUCCUUCUUUUCUUGAACAUAGCAAAAGAACUUGGGUCACAAGAGUGCUUCAACCUUCCUCUUUCCUCUAAACAUUCUGACUCAUGUCCUCUGUCCUCCUGUUACCCUGACUCUUCAAAUGGGAACAGCUGCAUCUAUACACACACACACACACACGCUUACAUAUGGAGACAGACACACUUACAUGUGGCGUCAGACACACACACAUACACACAGACAGACAUUAACUCGGUCAUUAGAUUGUCAGGGAGGGCAGUGGGACUGCGUUGCUGUGUUUUGCGCAUGUAAAAGCUUCGCGGGCUGUGUGCAUCUGUCUUCGCACACGUGACUCAUGACCACCAGCGAAGAAUGGUGGGGGUGGGGGGGGGAGGAUGGGCUGAGGAGGAGAAAGGGAA